AUGAAGGUCCUCAUUGUGCUCGCCCUCGCUGUUUUCACUGCCGGCUGCAAUGCCAACAUCGUGCAGCAAAACCAGCCCAAGCAGCAGGUCGACAUGGUGAAAGAUGUUUUCUGGGACUACGUUGCCAAGGCAACCAUGACUGCAGAGGACUCCCUGAAGCAGAUCAGACAGUCCCAGUUGGGCAAGGAAGUGAACACCCUCAUCUCCGAGAGCACCGACGCCGUCAACAAGCUCACAGACGCUCUGCGUACUAAGGUGGCUCCUCUCACCCAGGACCUCAUGUCUAAGUUUUCCCUGGAGGCCGAGCAGCUGAAGACCCGCGUGGAGAAAGAUCUGACCGCCAUGGGAACCCAUCUGCAGCCCUACGCCACGGAGCUUGUAGCUGACCUCCAGAGACAGGUGGAGGAGCUGAAGAGGGACGCAACCCCCUACGCCAACAGCAUGGACUCUGAGACCCUGAAGGCCGUCCUGCUGCAGAAGAGCCAGGAGCUGAAGGGGCAAAUGGAUGAGAGCAUGAUCAGGCUGCAGGCCCAGAUGGUUCCCUACACCGAGGAGAUGAAGGAGAAGAUGGAGCAGAGCCUGGACGAGUUUCAGAGGAGCAUGAUCCCCCUGGUCCAGAGCUUUGAGACCCAGCUGACCCAGAAAACCCAGGAGAUCCAGCAGAACCUGGCUCCAUUGGGAGACGAGCUGAGGGCCAAGCUGGACGCCGACACCAAGAACCUGAAGAGGCAGCUGACUUCUCUGUGGAGGUCCUUCACUAAGCUGACCCAGUAA